UCAUGCAAUGCAUGACAGAUGCACCCAGGCAACCAAACACGCCCUAACUGAAGAGUGGAAAGCAAACAACCAUCACCAAACCCCAGCCCCGACGGCCCACCUCGCCGUCUCCGGCGAUCGCCGUCGCCGCGCUGGCCUUGAUUCCAACCCCAACCCUGCCCCUAUUACCGCCCGUGGCGCUCGUACUCUGAUGCUUCCCACCCCAUGGCCCACCACAUUCCCCUUCCCCUUCCCCUCCCCCUUCGUCGCCGCCUCCACCACCUCUUCAUCCUUGCCCUCCUCGCCGUCGCAUCAGGUAACCCUAGCCCCGGGGUGUACGAUCGGGGGGCCGAGGAAGCGGAGGCGUACUCGAUCCUCACAUUUCACGACUACACGCCGCCGCCUCCCCCAGCGCUGCCGCCCCCGCCGGCCGCCCCGGCGGCGACCUGCGCCGGCGACCUCGGUGGCGUGGGCGACCUCGACACGCGCUGCGUAGUUCCCGUGUCCGUGCGGCUCGAGGGCGGCGGCGUCUUCAUCAGCGGGAAUGGCAGCCUCCAGCUCCUCGACGGUGUCUCUGUCACCUGCCAGAGGCCAGGGUGCGUUGUCUCCGCCAAUUUGUCUGGUGAUAUCCGCUUCGGCCAUGGCGCCCGUGUCGUAGCCGGAUGGGUCUCUCUCGCGGCCACCAACAUCACUCUCGGCGACGACGCCGUUAUCGACACCACUGCGCUUGCCGGCAACCCGCCGGAUAAGACCAGCGGCGUACCAACCGGGAUAUAUGGAGAUGGUGGUGGGCAUGGUGGCCGCGGCGCAAGCUGCUACGUCAAUAAGGGGCAAACGCAGGAGGACUCGUGGGGUGGUGAUACCUAUGCGUGGUCUGAGCUCAAGACCCCGAAUAGCUAUGGGAGCAAAGGGGGAUCUACUAGCGUCGAGAAGGACUAUGGUGGCGGGGGUGGCGGAGUAGUGUGGUUGUUUGCAGAUGAAAUUGUCAUGAAUGGAACAGUUAUUGCUAAUGGCGGUAAUGGUGGCACCAAGGGUGGGGGUGGCUCUGGGGGAAGCAUCUAUCUUAAGGCUGCAACCAUGCAAGGCGGUGGCAAAAUAAGUGCAUGUGGAGGCAAUGGUUUGUCUGGGGGAGGUGGAGGACGUGUUUCUAUUGAUGUUUUCAGUAGGCAUGAUGACACCCAUUUUUUUGUUCAUGGGGGGAGGAGUUCAGGAUGUCCAGACAAUGCAGGAGCAGCUGGGACACUUUAUGAAGAAGUACCUAAGAGUAUUACUGUUAGCAACAAUAACUUGAGCACACAAACUGAUACAGUUUUUUUAGACCCCCCAUAUGAGCCACUCUGGACAAAUGUUUUUAUCAAGAAUCAUGCAAAAGUUUCUCUGCCCCUGCGCUGGAGUCGUCUUCAGGCACAAGGACAAAUUAGUCUUCUAUCUCGGGCUACUCUAACUUUUGGCCUGACACAUUACCCAUAUUCAGAGUUUGAACUAUUGGCUGAGGAACUUCUUAUGAGUGAUUCUACAAUACAGGUCUUUGGUGCUCUAAGAAUGUCCGUAAAGAUGCUCCUUAUGUGGAACUCUAGGAUGGUUAUUGAUGGUGGCAGAGAUUCAGGAGUUGCAACUUCUUUACUGGAAGGAAGCAAUUUGAUAGUUUUGAGGGAAUCAUCAGUGAUACAUUCUAAUGCUAAUCUUGGAAUUCAUGGUCAAGGCGUUCUGAAUUUAUCCGGAAAUGGAGACACAAUUGAGGCACAACGUCUUAUUUUAUCACUAUUCUACAACAUACUGGUUGGACGUGGAGCUGUUCUACGGGGCCCACUUAUAAACGCGAGCGGUGAUGAUGUGGCCCCAAAAUUGAAUUGCGAAAAUGAGAGUUGUCCUAUGGAAAUUUUUCAUCCGCCUGAGGAUUGCAAUCUGAAUUCUUCCUUGUCUUUUACUCUACAGAUAUGCCGUGUUGAAGAUAUUGAUGUGUCUGGCCUUGUGCAAGGAACUGUCAUAAAUUUUAAUAGAGCAAGAAAUGUCACCAUACAGCGACAUGGGAGCAUUAGUGCAACAGGAUUAGGCUGCCAAGGUGGAAUUGGACAAGGAGGAAUGUUAAGCAGUGGCCUUAGUGGUGGGGGUGGGCAUGGUGGUAAAGGCGGGGAUGGUUUUUACAGCGGCAAGCAUUCAGGUGGCGGAGCUGCAUAUGAUAGUGCUGAUUUGCCUUGUGAACUUGGCAGUGGCAGUGGUAAUGUCAGUACAACAUCUUCAACAGCUGGUGGUGGUAUAAUAGUGAUGGGUUCUUUGGAGCAAUCUCUGCCUAUUCUCUCUCUCUCUGGUUCAGUGGAAGCCAACGGUGGCAGUUUCACUGGUGGGGCGACUCAUGCUGCAAAUGGAGGACCUGGUGGUGGUUCUGGGGGCACAAUUCUUCUAUUUGUGCGGACUUUAUCCUUAGAGAACAACUCUGUACUUUCUAGUGUUGGUGGGGUUGGAAGCAAUGGUAGUGGUGGAGGUGGAGGCGGUCGCAUUCACUUCCACUGGUCCGACAUUCCCACUGGAGAUGACUAUGUUCCUUUUGCAAUUGUCAAAGGAUCAAUACUUGCGAGAGGAGGAAUUGUCGAAGGCCGAGGUUUUCCUGGUGAGAAUGGCACAGUUACAGCAAAAGAUUGCCCGAAAGGUCUUUAUGGUACAUUUUGCAAGGAGUGUCCUGUAGGAACAUACAAGAACAUUACCGGGUCUUCUAAGUCCUUGUGUUCUCCAUGCCCUGCAUAUGAGCUCCCUCAUCGGGCUAUAUACAUGCAUAUCCGAGGAGGUGUCGCUGAAACCCCAUGCCCGUACAAAUGUGUGUCAGAUAGAUAUCGUAUGCCUCACUGUUUUACUGCUCUUGAAGAGCUAAUAUACACUUUUGGUGGACCUUGGUUCUUUGGCUUGCUUCUUUCAGGCCUUCUUGUUUUAUUGGCUCUUGUUUUGAGUAUUGCUCGGAUGAAGUUUGUUGGUACUGAUGAGUUUCCUGGACCAGCACCAACUCAACAUGGCUCCCAAAUUGAUCACUCUUUUCCCUUCCUAGAAUCACUGAAUGAGGUAUUGGAAACAAAUAGGGCCGAAGAAUCUCACUGCCAUGUGCACAGGAUGUUUUUCAUGGGCCCAAAUACCUUCAGUGAACCUUGGCAUCUCCCGCACACGCCACCUGAACAGAUUACAGAUAUUGUAUACGAGGAUGCGUUUAACAAGUUUGUCGAUGAUAUCAAUGCUCUGGCAGCUUAUCAGUGGUGGGAGGGAUCGAUUUGUAGUAUUCUGUGUAUACUUUCCUACCCCUUGGCGUGGUCCUGGCAACAGUGGCGCCGAAGAAAAAAGUUACAACGACUACGUGAGUUUGUUCGAUCUGAAUAUGAUCAUUCGUGCUUACGGUCAUGCCGUUCACGUGCCCUUUACGAAGGACUGAAGGUAGCUGCCACUCCAGAUUUAAUGCUGGGUUAUUUGGAUUUUUACCUUGGUGGGGAUGAGAAAAGGCCUGAUCUGCCCACUCGUCUUCAUCAAAGAUUUCCAAUGUCCUUGAUUUUUGGCGGUGAUGGAAGUUACAUGGCUCCAUUUUCACUUCACAGUGAUAGUGUAGUCACAAGUCUUAUAAGCCAGGUUGUACCAUCAUCAAUAUGGCACCGUCUUGUUGCUGGACUGAAUGCCCAGCUGCGUUUGGUUCGUCAUGGAAAUUUGAAAGUAACCUUUCUUCCUAUGCUCAAAUGGCUUGAAACUCAUGCAAAUCCUGCCUUAGACACAUACCAUGUACGUGUUGACCUUGCAUGGUUCCAAGCUACAGCAUUAGGAUACUGUCAAUACGGUCUUGUUAUUCAUGCUGUGGAGGGAGAAGCCGUGGCUGCUGAACUUCAAGGUGGCUCUAGAAUAAUAUUUGAUCAACAUUCAUUAAAUCAGAAUGAAGAUGCUGACUCUCAACUAGGCCACUCAAGGAGCAAUGAUGCUUAUAUGUGUAAAAGAAUAACCGGUGGAAUUCUCAAUGUUGACAACUUGAUGACGCUCAAAGACAGGAGUGAUUUGUUUCAUCCCCUGUCUCUUAUCUUGCACAAUACUAAACCGGUUGGACAUCAGGAUCUUGUUGGUUUGGUCAUCUCAAUAUUGCUUCUUGCAGAUUUUAGCUUAGUGUUGCUUACGUCUCUCCAGCUAUAUUCUUACUCUAUGGUCGACAUUUUGUUAGUCUUGUUUGUUCUUCCUCUUGGAAUACUGGCACCAUUUCCAGCUGGUAUAAAUGCUCUCUUUAGUCAUGGCCCACGUCGCUCAGCAGGCCUUGCUCGUGUGUAUGCGUUGUGGAACAUUACAUCUCUGGUUAAUGUUGUCGUGGCCUUUGUAUGUGGACUUGUGCAUUAUAAGUCAUCAACAAAAAGACAUCCAAGCAUGCAGCCAUGGAAUUUGGGCGGGGAUGAAACUAGCUGGUGGUUAUUCCCAACUGGACUCGUGUUGUGUAAAUUGAUCCAAGCAAGGCUUGUUGAUUGGCACGUCUCCAUCUUAGAGAUCCAGGAUCGUGCAGUAUACAGCAACGACCCAACUAUAUUCUGGCAGUGAUGGCCUUCGGCUCAGCGAAGUGGUCAUGGGAGCUUUUUGCAACUCGAGUUUUUGGGAGUUGAUAAAACGAAGGCUAAAAAGCUAGCCCAUUCUUUGUCGACCAGAUAGAGGAAGCAAGCACAAAGUAGAAUUCCUACAUAUGCAUGCUUAUACAGUUCGCUGUUAAUCUUGCGUAGCCAUAACAUUUUCCUUGUAGAUAAGAAGGUUUAACUCAUCCAUUCAUUAUAGGAUUUAGACACCAUAGGCUUACAACUUUACCAGAGCUAAUCACCGACAUAUACAGAUAGCGGGGUGGGUGAGGGCGAAUGAUCAAAUAUGAAAUUACCCUGUUCGUGGUCCAAUUCGAUGAACACAACAAAUUACCAUUUUUGGCAUUUUUGUUUGAUCUAGUGGGCUGAUGCAUCAUGUCCGCCGUUAGUUGCUGGGGUGAUCUAAAACCCUCAUCAGAGGCUCAAUGUUGGCUUGAUAAGCUAGAAGUUUCCAUCUGAAGCAUUGUGUUAUGUAACGAGUGCAUUCCUAUUUUUAGUACUUUCUUCGAUCUGUCUUAGAUUUGUCUAGAUACUGAUGUAUCUAACACUAAAACAUGUCUAGAUACAUCGGAGGGAGUACAAAGAUCUAUUAUCAAUUGCAUCUGAUCUUCAUGUUUUCCCCCCUUUGCGGGAGUAUAUGAUCAAGACUUUGAAACUAUGAAUCUAGAUGUUUCUACACUCA